AUAACCCAAUCCAAAAAGCUAACAAAAACCAAAAUCGUAGAGAAAAUAACCGUAGAGAAAUUCCCAAACCCUUUUCCGUUCUCUUCUUACUUCUGACACACACAGUUCUAUAGGACUUCCCCUGACAUAACUUCCUCUCCCAGCAAUCCAUUUCCUCUCCCUAACCAGCCGGCUUAAACCGAUUUACAACGACCGAAAAAUACCCACAAAAAGCGGAACCAAAACUCAGAAAAUGGCGGUUUUCAGUUUACUUCAGUUGUGAACCUCCCCAAUCCCCAAAUUGUUUCUUAGAUAAAGGCUUAAAAGAACCGGAGAACCGGGCCGGGUCGAGGACUAAAAUCAACGACCAUGGCCACGACUACGACGAGCCUUGGUGCGGGCGGAGAGGACCGGGUCAUGGCGACGGCUCAGCAGAUCGUUAAGAGUCUUAAUACACCAAAAGAGGUUCGUGAAGACAUGCUCUUGAUUUUCUCGAGCUUCGAUAACCGCUUGUCCAACAUCACUGACUUAAUCAACGAUGACUCCGACAGUACCGGUGUCCGCUUCGACGCCGCCGAGAAAGUGAUCCUCUGGUGGGACUCUUCCUCCUCUAACCCAGACGGUUCCCGCCACUCUCUCUACUGGGAAGACUCUCCCAAUGAAGCCGCCGAGUACCUCUCGGCGGUUGACGAAAUACUUCAAUUGUUCGUCGAUAUGCCGAUUCGGUCUGAUAAUGAAAUAAUGGACCGGGCGAAGACCGCUAUUCAAAUGGCUAUGUCGAGGCUGGAAGAUGAGUUUCGGCUUAUUUUGAUUAGGAACACCGUCCCGCUUGAUGCGGACCGGCUUUACGGUUCGAUCCGGAGGGUUUCCCUCUCUUUCGCAGCGAAUGAAGGGGAAAUUGACGAGGAAUUCGAGAGUUUUGGAGAGGUUGAUAGCAAAAGAGGGUGCUUUCACGAGAGAGGACCAAGUUUGGGAGAUGAUUUAUGUGUAGAUUUGAUCAAUGCUGAUGCUGUAAUGGAGUUAAAAGAGAUUGCUUACCGGAUGAUCCGGUCUGGGUACGAAAAGGAGUGUGGUCAAGCUUAUAGUAAUGUUAGGCGUGAUGCUUUGGAUGAGUGUUUGGUGAUUCUUGGAGUUGAGAAGUUGAGUAUUGAGGAAGUUCAGAAGAUUGAGUGGAAAGCUUUGGAUGAAAAGAUGAAGAAGUGGAUUCAGGCGGUUAAGAUUACCGUUAGGGUUCUUUUGAGUGGGGAAAAGAGGCUUUGUGAUCAAAUUUUUAAUGGGUCUGAUUCGAUCAAAGAGAUUUGCUUUAAUGAGACAGCUAAAGGCUGUGUAAUACAGUUGUUGAAUUUUGGGGAAGCUGUGGCUAUUGGGAAAAGAUCAUCUGAGAAGCUGUUUAGGAUUCUGGAUAUGUAUGAUGUUUUGUCUGAUGCAUUGCUGGAUUUUGAGAUGAUGGUUACCGAUGAAUUUGUGUGUAGCGAGGCCAAGGGAGUGUUGGCUGGAUUAGGGGAUGCGGCAAAAGGGACUUUUGUGGAGUUUGAGAAUGCUGUGAAGAAUGAGGCUUCCAAGAAACCUAUGCAGAAUGGGGAGAUUCAUCCUCUUACACGUUAUGUAAUGAAUUAUGUCAAACUGCUUGUGGAUUAUAGUGAGACUUUGAAUUUGUUACUGGAGAGUGAUGAGGAUGAAGCAGAUGGAUUGCAGAGUGAAGAUAGUGAACUGGAGACACUGACUCCAUUUGCUAAACGGUUGUUGUUGUUGAUAACCUCUUUGGAAUCCAAUCUUGAGGAGAAAUCAAAACUGUAUGAGGAUGGUGCGUUGCAUUGUAUAUUUUUGAUGAAUAAUAUUCUGUAUGUAGUGCAAAAGGUGAAGGAUUCUGAGCUAGGAAAGCUUUUGGGAGAUGAUUGGGUUCGUAGGCGGCGUGGCCAGAUACGCCAGCAUGCUACAGGUUAUCUGAGGGCUUGUUGGACCAAAGCUCUAUAUUGUCUGAAGGAUGAAGGGAUCGGUGGUAGCUCUAACAAUGCCUCCAAGGUAGCCUUGAAGGAAAGAUUUAAGAACUUCAAUGCAUGUUUUGAAGAAAUAUAUAGGAUUCAGACGGGUUGGAAGGUCCCAGAUCCUCAACUUCGUGAAGAACUUCGAAUUUCUAUAUCAGAGAAAGUACUUCCGGCUUACCGGUCCUUCAUGGGGAGGUUUGGGAAUCAGCUAGAGAGUGGAAGGCAUGCUGGAAAAUACAUUAAAUAUACACCAGAGGAUUUAGAAAAUUAUCUAUUGGAUUUGUUUGAAGGAUCACCUCUUGUUCUUCACCAUAUGAGAAGGAAGAGUACAUAGGAUAGGAUACAGGACUCCUGUUACUGGUAUGGCCUUUGCGUUCAUCAAGGACUAGCUGAAGCAAGAGUUCACCUAUUUAUGUGUCUGUUGACAUGUUUUUUAUUCUGUUUGAUGUUAUAAACACAGGUUUUGUGAGAGUUAACUGGCACCCUUUGUAUCUUGUACAUGUUUAUAGUCUAUAGUUUCUCUAUAUAUGGGUUUGUCUUGGUUCAUGUAUUUUAUUUCAUGAACCACCAUUAGCACUGUGGCCGUUUUGUCAGUUGUCACCUUUCAUAUUUGCCAUGCCUCAUAGACCAGUUAGCCUGGCAUAUCUAUUGUUCACAUGCACAUAACAUUCUUAAGUGCCUGAAUAUCUGUGUCCCCUGGAACAAAAGAUUGUCAUUCUGUAAUAUAGCAACUAAUAGCAAUGUUUAUAUUGUAGGAUUGAAACCAAUAAAUAUAUUUUGAUUCCCAA